GGGUUGGCAAAGCCUCCCACAUGACUGAAUAUGCAUGCACACGCAGAUGUGGGUUCCCAGGAUGAGAGGUCUGGGUCUCAGAGUGGUUCAGAACUUGGGGCUCUUGAGCAGGGAGGGUCAUAUCUGGAAACCCUUUAGUUGGGUGGGGUGAGCUUGAAAGUCAGCUACUGGUAUACUAGGGAGGAAGGAGUUAAGUGGAGAUAGGGUCACCUGAGCUAGGCAUCAAAUUACCUGGGUCCAGGUUCCACCUGGAAGGAGGUGGAGCUGAACCUGCCCCUGGGCUUUUGGCUGCCUCAGGCCUGGGUGAGUCCUACUGAGGAAGUCUUCAAGGAGACUGGGGCUAGAAAAAGGGCUCCUGCUGGGGGUCCUCACCGACUCUUCGUCCCCAGGCUCCCAAAUAUGGCCCGGCCCCCACCUCUGGGCCCUAGAUCCCCCUCAGAGCCCUUCAGUCACCCCCCUGGAGCGCCUAGGGAACUGGACGCUACUGGAGACACAAUCUGCAUUGCAUCUGGAGAGGAGAGCAUCAGGUCAGAACAGGCCCAGAAGCUGGGGCAGGACUCCUUGGACCCUCCAGAGCACUUCCGGGGUGGGCCAAGGAGCCUGGAGCCUGUUGCUGGCCUCCCCAGGUUGCCAGCGCUCUCUUCCCUUGAGGAGUCAGCUGGAGCAAAAAACCUAGAGCACCCCAUCUCUAGCCAAGAGGUAUUAGAGGCUGAUCAGGACAGUCUGCAUCUUUGUCUUCUGGGGCUGGGCCUCUGGCUGCAGGACUUGGAGCGAGGCCUGGGGCCCUGCGUGUCAGCCCAGAGCAGGAUGGUCCAGCUGCAGGCGCUACAGGCAGACCUACGUGGAGCAGCUGAGCGUUUAGAUGCACUGCUGGUGUUCGGUGAGGGGCUGGCACAGCGCAGUGAGCCUCAGACCCGGGCAGCCCUGGAGCAACUCCUGAAGGCCUUCAGAGCCCACCAAGACAGCAUCUUCCGACAGCUGUGGCAGCUGCAGGCCCAGCUGGUCAGCACCAGCCUGGUGUUGGAGGAGGCAAGCACACUGGAACAGGACUUGGAGUUCGAGGGGGACUCAGAUGGGCCGGGCCCUGGUGGGGUCUGGGGGCCCUGGGCACCCAGUAGCCUCCCCACGCCAGCAGAGUUGGAAUGGGACCCGGCGGGGGACGUUGGGGACCUUGAGCCUUUAGGGCGAAGGACAGCCCGGAUGCCAGGGGCUCCGUGUGAGCUGUGUGGCCACAGGGGCCCCCAGAGCAGAGGACAAAGCCUGGAGGACAGGCUCAUGUCGGGCCUCAGCCACCGAAAACACAUAGCAAGUCACCGAAGACAACCCCUGCUCUGGAAGUCUCGAGACAGGAUGAGGCAAGCAUCUCCCAGUCUCCAAGAUGUGAUGCUGGAGGCGCACCCUGGAGUGCCCACUCCUUCUUCCAGGCGACCUCUGACCUUCUUCCAUCUCCUCCUCCUCUUCCUUUUCCUGGUGGGUAUCACAUUGUUCCUGCCCACGUCAGGGGGCUCCUGCUGCUCUCCUGCACAACUGAUCAGGACACCUAACCUGGAGCUCAGCUAUGUCAAUGGUCCCCCUCCAAUGUGAGAAGGCAGUCUAGACAUAGACAUAGGUAAUAAAUAGUCCCUGUUAAA